AUGUUAGAGGCAGCAAAAUCACCGUUCCGAUCCUCUUUCCGCGAUGUGGGCGUUUCGAUCAACGAGUGCGCGGGAACUCGGCUUGUCAUGCCAGGCAAGCUGUACAUCUGCGCCCGCCUCGACGACGCAACCGACGAGGACAAUGAAUUCCUUCGCAACGACACCAGAUUCAAGACCAUUGUCGACACUGAUCGCAAGCAAGGCCGACCAUUCAACACGAUAUCCACCACGAGUGGGAUGACAAGCAGUAUCUCUACGACCAAGUUUCUCGGCAUUACUCGCUGCCGUGUCAAUCUAAUGUCCAAGUCAUAUAUCAAUAAAAUCAUGGCGCAGCUAUCUGUCUGGACACAUUGUAAAAUGGUGUUUGGAGAAAGUCUCGACAUACUGGACACAGCACGACAGCAGAUCUGCGAAGUCUUCAAUGCCGUGCUAAGCCACGAUGAUGUAUACCCGCUUCUGGUAUGUGGCGGCGACUUGAUGAGAGACCAGAAUCUGCUGGUUGUUCUGAUCUUACUGCUCUUGAAUGUGCCAGUCGAGCAUAUCUCAACAAACUUUGUCUCUUUGGUGGAGGAUCUACAAAUCGGUUUGAACCAAUGCAAAACCAAGGUUGAAUUUGAGCUCGGUCAAGCCAUGGUCUCAGCCAGACACCAGUGGGUUGGUGCCAUCAGGGCUCAUCUUGACAAGGUAUAUGGCGGGGCAGAGGAAUAUCUGUCACAAGGAAGCGUGACUUUGGAGUCACUUGAUAGCCUGCGAGAUGCGCUUCGGGGAGGCACAAAAGCAGGGUGA